CCAGGUGCGUCCCUCUCGGUCUGCUUCUAAUUUCCCACUAUCUACGAUUUCUUCAAUUUCAAUAUUCUUCUUCUCGAUUCAGAAAUGGCGAAAUCAAAGAACCAUACGGCGCACAACCAGUCGUACAAGGCUCACAGGAACGGGAUCAAGAAGCCUAAGAAGCACCGGCACACCUCCACCAAGGGGAUGGAUCCAAAGUAUCUUAGAAACCUGAGAUACUCAAGGAAGCAUAACGAACUCAACAAGAAGAAGGCUGCUGCCUCUGGUUCUGAAAUGGAGUAGAUUUAAGACACAGUGUUUAUCAAGUAGACUUGCUGUUGAUAAACAAUCGUAUUAUUCAGCUUCUGUUUUAAGAUAUUUCCCUAAAAAUAAAAAAAAAAUUGAUAAUUUCAGUUAGUUUUUAUUGGCUAUCACAUCACCGGUCACACCUCCAGCUUCUCCUUCGUAAAUAUUUAUUUAUUUGUUUUUUUUUUCUAAAUAUAAAUAUUAAAUUGUUAUUUGAAACCAAUUCCUUUGCUAUUUAUAGCAAGCUGCGGCGCUUCUUUCGCAACCUCCUCCAACCCCCCCUCCUCCGUCCAUCGCCGAUCUUCUUGCGUCUAUUUAUAUCAAUUUCCUUGAUUUUCUCCUCUUGAGCGAUUCGAAACGAAGAGGAACCGAGAUGGAGCUCGGUAGCCCUAACAAUGGUGAAUCCCUGGACUGCUCCCCUGCGCGCGAUCGCAUUGGCAACUCUAAUUCCGGCCCUGGUCCGGAUGCGCCCGGUGGCUACUUCUUCAGCUGCCCCGCCAGCCCCGUCCACUACGUUCUCUCCUCCCCUCCUUAUUCCUUCUCCUCCGACGCCGCACCUUCCCCUACCACGGUCGACGACGGAUGGUCUGCAGGACCCUUCGAGUUCGACGGUGCCGUCAGCGGAGGGACGAUGACCUCCGCCGACGAGCUUUUCCUCGACGGCCAGAUCCGCCCCUUGAGGAUCUCCUCGUACCUUCUUCGCCCUCAGCGCCUCGCGCCUCUGCUGGAUGGCGACGAGGAGGAAGGAGAGAUGACCGCGGAGGAGGAGGAUGGAAGGUGGAGAGGAAUGAGGUCGCGGAGCAGAUCCCUACACCGAAGGACUAGAUCCAUGUCCCCCCUUCGAAGCCCUCGGUUCCAGUGGCAAGAGGAAAAGAUGGAGAAGCAAGAAGACGCGAACGAGCUCGAAGUUCUCGACAAAGACCCGAAAGAAGCAGUGGCGGAGACGCCGCCGGAAUCCGAGCCAUCCUCCCGCUCCUCCUCCACCUCUUCCACCUCCCCCGGCGGCAGGAGCUCCAAGAGUUGGAUCUUUCUCAAAGAUCUCCUCCUCCACCGGAGCAAAAGCGAAGGGAGCGGCUCCGACAAGGAUAAAUUCUGGCGCUCGAUCUCCUUCUCCCCGUCCGCCAAACCAAAGCCCCAAUUUCCGAGCUCCUCCGCCUCAACCCCGGCGUCAGUCGCUUCGUCUCCGGCAGCAGCAGAGAGGAUCAAGCCACGGUGCUCGAAGAGACCGACGAACGGGGUAUCAACGAGGCGGAGGCCGCCUGCUGCGUCGCUGUCGCCGCACGAGAGGCAUUACACUGUUCGCCGCGCUCAGGCGGAAGAGAUGAGGCACCGGACGUUCCUGCCGUACCGCCCAGGCCUGCUUAGCUGCUUGGGCUUCAGUUCGCAAAGCUACAGCAGCGCCUUCGACAGCCUCACCAAGGCCCUCAAUCCCGUCACCUCACGGUAAACACUAAUCAACCACCCUUUCUCGUCAAAACGGAGAGUUCCAUAUAUAUUUCAAUAUUUGUACAUUUUUGAGGAGUUGAGGGAACCUACAAACCACACCAUGAGUCUGUAUCCUCAAAUUAAACCGAACCUGGACGCCGAAUUAUUUUGGUCCAAUAAC